UAUGGUAUUCCCCAGUUACACUGUAAAUAGGAAAACACCGGUCUUCCAGGACAGAGAAGAUCUUAUCAGGUAUGCAACUGCUGCUCAUUUAUCAAAUGAUAUAGCCACUGCAAUGGUAAAUGGGAACUGGGAAGAAGCUAAUCAUCUAUAUACAUAUGCUAAAGAAACCUGGAACAAACUGAAAAAUCACCCCUCUUUGAGCUAUCAUAGAGCGUUACCUGAGUAUCUGCGACAUUUCACAGUUGGCUGGGUGUAUACAAGAAUCUUUUCUCAAGGUGUUGAAAUUUUGCAGAGACUUCACAUGUAUAAGGAAGCGGUGCAGGAGCUGCAGACUCUUCUGUCUCAGGAUGUGUAUUGUACUGACAGCAGAGGGCGAUGGUGGGAUCGCCUAGCUCUGAAUUUACAUCAGCACUUGAAAAACACUAAGAAGGCCAUUGACUGCAUUAGAAAGGGGCUGGCAGACCCAUUUGUACGUACUGGGCAUCGUCUCUCUCUCUACCAGCGGGCCCUACGGAUCAGAGACUCGCCAAGCUGCAGGCAGUUCAGGUGCCUGUUUCAUGACCUGCCAGUCAUAACUGUGGAGGACGUGACACAUGUUACAAUCAAAGGAAAGAUGUGUCCUCAGAUGGGAAUGGGAAAAUCCGUAUUUCUGAUGGAGGAUAUUGGUGAUGAAGAAGGAGGUGAAGACGUCAGUGUCUCCACAGUCAUGUGCUCAGUUGAGGAGCUGGCGUUAACUCAUUACAGGCAGAAUGGUUUUGAUCAGGGUAACGGCAACUUUUUUUUUUUCUGUACCAUAAACUAACUGUGGGA